AUGGAGGAGACGCUAUAUAACCAGCCAGUAGUGGUUGAUAAUGGUUCAGGAAAUUUGAAAGCGGGUUUUGCUGGAGAGGAAAACCCAAAGACAUUUGCUUCGGCGAUUGUUGGGCGACCGAAGUAUCAAAAGUUAAUGGCGGGGUCAACAUCUGGAACAGCGAAUAAUUUGGAUUCCGACUUAUUUCUUGGAGACGUUGCGCAGAAUAACAGAGGGCUAUUAAGGCUCAACUACCCUAUUGAGCAUGGCAUUGUUACCAAAUGGUCUGAUAUGGAGAAACUUUGGGAACAUAUGUUUACACAAGACUUGAAGAUUCAACCAGAAGAGCACCCCUUACUCAUAACGGAAGCACCGCUCAAUCCGCGGAGCAAUCGAGACAAAAUGUGCCAGAUAAUGUUUGAGCAGUUUAAUGUUCCGUGCAUGUACAUUUCUAUACAAGCAGUUUUGGCUUUGUAUGCCUCAGGUCGUACUACUGGUUGUGUGGUUGAUAGUGGCGAUGGAGUCACACACGUUGUGCCUGUUUACGAUGGAUUUGCUUUACCGUCUUCCAUAAAGCGAAUGGACGUUGCCGGCAGAGAUAUAACAUCACAUUUAUCGUUUAAUAUACGGCGGAUGUCGGGUGUGGCUUUGCAGAGUAGUUCUGAAAUUGAAGUUGUACGGUUAAUCAAAGAAAAAUGCUGUUUCAUUUCAAAAGAUCCUGUUCUCGACGAGAAGUUAUAUAGAGCUCAUUAUAUGCGGAGAAGUUUUGCUUCCAAUAGUGAUCUAUUUUCCACUUAUAAGCUUCCUGAUGGUCAUGAGGUACAUCUCGGAGUUGAAAGAUUUCGCGCACCUGAAAUUCUAUUCAACCCUCAACUCAUUGGUGAUGAGAAUCCAGGAGUACAUGAGCUCACGGCAACUGCUAUAGCAAAAACCGAUUUGGAUCUUAGACCAGUCCUCUAUCAGAACAUCUUACUAUCCGGAGGCAACACAUUGUUGAAGAAUUUUGGUGAUCGACUAUUGAAGGAGCUCAAAGAGCAGCAAGAUCAAAACAAAGAUGCGUCGACUUCUAUUUGGAAUAAAUCGAUAACAGACGAUACAUACUCGACCAAAAUGAAGGUGAAAAUAUUUGCUCCACCAGAAAGAAAAUACUCUACAUGGAUUGGAGGAUCAAUUCUAGCGGGACUUUCUACAUUUAAGAAGAUGUGGGUCACGUCAGAAGAAUACAAGGACAACCCUGAAAUAAUUCACAGGAAAUGUUUAUAG